AAAAAGACUUCUGCUAGCUUGUCAGCAUGCAAACAGCAAAUCACGCAAUUUUGAAGCUCCUAAAAAUAUAGAUAUAAAAAGUUGUACAGUUCCUUGUUGACAAGUUUUAGAAUUCGAAUUCAAUCAUGUUAAAAAUAAGAAAUAACAUAUUAUUUAGCUUUAAGCAUUCUGCAGACUUGAAGAAGUGUGCCCUUUUGAGACAUGCAUCUACCGGCGUAGGCGUUUGGAAUGAUAAUCUUACGACCGAGCAUAAACAUGAAAUCGAAUUUUAUUGGCGAGAUAAGAUCCAUAAAAUUGAUGAAUCUUCAAAUAGCAAGGAUAAAUUUUAUGUCCUGUCAAUGUUUCCAUACCCCUCCGGAUCUCUUCACAUGGGACAUGUUCGUGUUUAUACCAUCAGUGAUUCAAUUGCUAGAUUUUAUAGGAUGCAAGGUAAAAAUGUGAUACACCCAAUGGGAUGGGAUGCAUUUGGUUUACCAGCUGAAAAUGCUGCCAAAGAAAACAAAGUUGAUCCAGCUUUUUGGACCAAAGAAAAUAUCAAAGCCAUGAGACAACAGUUGGCAGAUUUGGGUUGUACGUUUGACACUCACAGAGAAUUUGCUACCUGUGACCCUGAGUACUACCGCUGGACUCAGGAACUCUUCAUCAAACUAUUUGAAAAUGGUUUGCUGUAUCAAAAAGAAACCUUUGUAAACUGGGAUCCAGUUGAUAAAACAGUACUCGCCGAUGAACAAAUUGAUGAAAAUGGUAAAUCUUGGAGGUCAGGGGCUCAAGUAGAAAAAAAGCUACUUAAGCAGUGGUUUGUUAAAACUACAGCUUUUGCACAGUCUUUAUUAGAAGGUUUAAAAGAUAAAACUUUGAAGGAAUGGAAAGAUAUUAUCAAAAUGCAAGAACAUUGGAUUGGUGAUUGUUCUGGAACAAAUAUUGAAUUUCCAAUAAUUUCAGAUGAACCAGGAUAUCCAAGUUCCUUAACACUGUGGACUGAUCAUCCUGAAUUUAUAGAAGAAGCUAAAUUUGUUGCAAUCUCAAAUAACAAUAUACUUUCAAAAGUUGAAAGAUCUGACUCUUGGGAUCCUAAUAGAAAGUUGAAAGCGACUGUUAUUAAUCCUUUUACUAACGAAAAAUUACCAAUAUUUGUUACAGAAAAAGAAAAAUUACCAUACCCUGCUUUUAGAGACGAUUAUUUAGGCAUUCCACGCAUAUCAGAGGCAAACGUUUCAUUUUGUAAAUCUGCAAAAAUUAAAUACGAGAGUCCAAUCGUUUAUUCAGCUGCAGAAAUUCAAGAAAAGAAGGCGGAAAUAUUAAGAAUAGCAAAAGAACGUAAUAUCGGUGGUCAUUUAGUAGGCUCAAAAUUGAGAGAUUGGUUAAUAUCAAGGCAGAGAUAUUGGGGCACGCCUAUACCGAUUGUUCACUGUGAAAAAUGCGGUCCUCAGCCUGUACCGAGAGAUCAGUUACCCGUGGAAUUACCAACACCAAAGACACCAAAGAAAGAAGUAUCAUUGAAAAAUGCUCUCCACUGGAUGAAAACCACAUGCCCGGAAUGCAAUGGACCGGCAACGAGAGAAACCGAUACAAUGGAUACAUUUGUAGACAGUUCGUGGUACUUUAUGAGAUACAUCGAUCCAAAGAACACAGAAGAAAUGUUCUCAAAAGAGCUCGCUUCUCGUUAUUUACCAGUGGAUCUGUACAUCGGUGGAAAAGAACAUGCGACGCUGCAUUUGUAUUAUGCCCGUUUCAUCAGUCACUUCCUUUAUUCGUUGGGCAUGCUGCCGACCCGUGAACCGUUCAAGCAGCUCUUGGUGCAGGGCAUGGUAAUGGGUCAAUCGUACAGCACCAGAGACGGAAAGUAUCUGAAAGCCGACCAAGUGACGACCAACGCGGCAGGGACUCUGGUAGAGAAGUCGAGCAAGGAACCGGUCGUAACGGCUUGGGAAAAAAUGUCCAAAUCGAAGUACAACGGCGUCAGUCCUUCGAAGAUGUUUUCGCAGUACAGCACCGAUACCAUACGAUUGUUGAUACUCGCCGAUGUCGCUCCCACGUCCAAUCGCAACUGGUCCGAAGACACUUUCCCGGGCAUAUUGAACUGGCAGCGCAAGCUUUAUCAAAUGAUCACCGAGUUCAUCGCGGAGCGAUCGUUUCUCAACCCGGAGGUGUUGGACGCGCCGCCGAUCGACGAUCCCAAGUUCCAAGCGGACGAGGCGCUGAUGUUCGACGCGCGCAACUACUACGUGCACGGGGUGACGUUCAACAUGAUCGGCUCGCAGCAGCUCAGCAUAGCCAUCUCGAAGAUGCUCGGCCUGACUAAUGACCUGAAGCGAGCCGCCAAGCCCUGCAUCGGCCUGGGUCGCGAGUACGAGCGCGCCCUCGCCGCGCAGAUAAUAAUGCUGGCCCCGUUGGCGCCGCACUUCGCCUCGGAGCUGUGGGCCGGUUUCUGCAAGGCCCCGCACAGGCUCGUCACGGACGGCGAAUUCGACUGGGACAAGGACGUGCUGCAGCAGAGGUGGCCCGAGGUCGACAUGGAAUACAAGCUGAAACUCAACGUCAAGAUGAACGGCAAGGAAUUCUUGAAAUUGAGGGUGCGUCGACGAGACCUCGAAACCAUGGACGGUGAUGAUAUUCUUCGAAUCGUCGCCGAAGAAGAGAAGUUCAAGAGAUAUCUCGAAGGGCGCAAAGUUACGAGAGUAUUUUAUAAUGCGAAGAGAAGCGCUGGAGCCGAGAUACAAAUCACGGCUAAGAAAAAUGUUACAGCUGUUUCGCAAGAAAAAAUUGUGUAAAACUAUAAAGCGACUCAUUUUUGUAAA